AAAUAGAAUUACACUCCGCCCCCCCCCCCCACUCUUUCUUAAUUCAACACAGUAUCGUAGGGUUCAUCCCGAAUCAACUCAGCUCCAAUGGGAAAGGGAACCGGGAGUUUUGGUAAAAGAAGGAACAAGACCCACACUCUCUGCGUUAGAUGUGGCCGCCGCAGCUUCCACCUCCAGAAGAGCCGUUGCUCCGCCUGUGCUUUCCCCGCCGCCCGUAAGAGGAAAUAUUACUGGAGUGUGAAGGCAAUCCGAAGAAAGACAACAGGAACCGGUAGGAUGAGGUAUCUAUGCCACGUUCCUCGCAGGUUCAAGACCGGUUUCAGAGAAGGUACUGAAGCAGCACCGAGGAAGAAGGUUGCCACAAAUUCCGCUUAAAAGGUGAUUUGUAUUGGUAUGGAGGUUUUGUUCCGGAUGAUGCCAUCUUUGUGAGGGAAGAAGUUAUAUGGGAAACAUUUAGUCUUGAGGAGUGACAUUAUCUUUAACAUUGAAUGCAUUAGGUUUGUUUUCUAGUUUAUAUUUUGAACAAUUAUUGAUGGAUCUAAUGUUUGACUUAAUUUCUUAUUUCUCUCAUUCUCUCUUUUUUGAA